CACUCUCCAAGCUAUUGGUAGUCGCUAUCCACUGUGUUCCAGGAAAAAGAGAACCGAAGAUGAUCGGAAACAUCGUCGGCGGUGUGGUGGGAGGUGUGGGCGGUGUGGUGGGCGGCAUCCUCGGGGGGUCGAAGGGAGUGCAGGUGAAGGGCACGGUGGUGCUGAUGCAGAAGAACGUGCUCGACUUCAACGACUUGGCCGGCAACGUCAUCGACGGCCUCUUCGAGCUCCUCGGCCAAGGAGUUACCUUCCAGCUCGUGAGCGCCACCGUCGGCGACCCCGACAAUGGGAACCGAGGAGUCGUCGGGGAGGCCGCCUCGUUGCAGUAUCUCGGCCAUCUGCCCUCCCUUGCAGCCGGUGAAAGCAAAUACAGCGUGACGUUCCAGUGGCAGGAGAAUCACGGGAUUCCUGGCGCCGUCAUCGUCAAGAACAAGCACGCUACUCAGUUCUUCCUCAAGACGUUGACGCUGGACAACUUUCCCGGCAAGGGCCGGAUCCACUUCGUCUGCAACUCCUGGGUCUACCCUGCAAGCAAGUACAAAUAUGACCGUGUCUUCUUCGCCAACACCACGUACCUCCUAGCAGACACACCGGAGCCGCUGAAACCAUACAGACAAGAUGAGCUGCGAAACUUGAGGGGGCAAGACGUCACCGGGGAGCUGAAAGAAUGGGACCGUGUAUACGACUAUGCGUACUACAACGAUCUCGGAAGUCCCGAUCAGGGCGCGAACCACGUCCGGCCGAUCCUCGGAGGGUCGGCUGAGUACCCUUACCCUCGUCGUGGGAAGACCGGCCGCGCACCGACGAAGACCGAUCCCAAGACCGAGAGCAGACUGCCACUGCUGAACUUGAACAUCUAUGUGCCCCGAGAUGAGCGAUUCGGGCACCUUAAAAUGGGUGACUUCCUCACCUACGCAAUCAAAGCCAUCUCCACCGGGCUGCUCCCAACACUGCAAGCCAUAUUCGAUAUAACCCCGAACGAGUUCGACUCGUUCGAGGAAGUACUGAGCCUCUAUGAGAACGGCCUUCCGGUGCCUCAGAUUCCUCUGCUGGAUGAGCUGAGACAGAGGAUCCCUUUCGAGAUGAUAAGAGAACUGCUACGCACUGAGAAGGGCCAGAACUUCCUCAAGCUCCCGAAGCCCCACGUGAUUCAAGUCGAUAAGAAUGCUUGGCGAACGGACGAAGAGUUUGGCCGCGAAAUGCUUGCCGGCGUGGACCCUCUCAUCGUCAGCCGCCUUGACAAUUUCCCUCCCAUCAGCCAGCUCGAUUCUGACAAGUAUGGCAACCAACACAGCACGAUCACAGCAGCCCACAUCGAGCACAACCUUGAAGGCCUGACUGUUGACGAGGCACUGAGGAGCUACAGGCUCUUCAUCUUGGACCAUCAUGAUGCUUUGAUGCCAUAUCUUGGUCGCAUAAACUCCGGUUCGAAUAAGAUAUACGCCACGAGGACUCUGCUAUUCCUGAAGGAGGAUUCUACUCUGAAGCCACUGGCCAUCGAACUCAGCUUACCACACCCUGAUGGAGAACAAUUUGGCGCCGUCAGCAAAGUGUACACACCGGCUGAAACCGGCGUCGAGGGUUCCAUCUGGCAGUUGGCGAAGGCCUACGUCGACGUCAACGACUCCGGCGUCCACCAGCUCAUCAGCCACUGGCUCAAUACGCACGCGGUUCUGGAGCCGUUCGUGAUCGCCACGAAUCGACACCUGAGCGUCGUCCACCCGAUCAGCAAGCUUCUGACGCCGCACUAUCGCGACACGAUGAACAUCAACGCGUUGGCUCGCCAGACGCUCAUCAAUGCCGGCGGGAUCCUGGAGACGACCGUCUUCCCAGGGAAGUACGCCAUGGAGAUGUCUGCCGUCAUCUACAGAAACUGGAACUUCGUCGAGCAAGCUCUCCCUACCGAGCUGAUAAAGAGAGGAGUUGCGGUGCAGGAGGGCGACGGGCUUCGACUACUGAUCAAGGACUACCCCUACGCGGUGGAUGGGCUAGCAAUAUGGAACGCGAUCCAGACAUGGGUGACCGAGUACUGCUCGAUCUACUACCCGAGCGACGAGGCCGUGAAGGCCGACACCGAGCUGAGGGCCAUCCAAAUGUCAAGCGAUCAUCAGAUCCACUUCGGCGGACCCUUGACAACUGGGCCCCCCGCCUCGGGGGAACACCCCCUACAUAAUGAAACCCACGACAAACGCCCCGCGGCGGUGUCAGAACGCUACUGGCAACUGUUCAAUGACCCAGGCUUGACGCCUCCCGGCGAUACACCCGCCGGCCCGUCGCAAGUGUCACCCGAGGCCUUCCAUGACCUCGCCCACCAAGUCCGAGCCCUGACAAGCAUCGUGCAGACUAUCGUCCCGAUCGUCUCCCCGCAAGCCCCUUCGCAUGCGACCCGACCCACGCAGCAACGGGAGCCCCCUGUCCGGACUCACGCCCCGCUUCCAGAGCUUCCUAUCUCACCCCGAAACCCCGCAACUCGACCCGGGAGCCGGGAGGCGGAGGAUACGGCGAGCCGCCUCGAGCCCGAGGCUCCGACCGCCGACUCGACGAAUGCCUUGCGAGCUCAGCUGCGCCUCGUCAGUCAAAAACUAGACGAGGUACAACAGGAAGUCCGCAAGUCAAAAGGGGAGCUCGGGGUGGACGGACACCAAGGAUCCCCGUUCACCCCCGAAAUACAAGAACAGACGAUCCCGCCGCAUUUCCGCCUCCCCUUGCUAGACGCAUACGACGGCGCCGCUGACCCAGCGGACCACGUGGCCGCUUUCCGCGCUCAGAUGGCACUGUAUGGGACUUCUGACGCUUUGAUAUGCAGGGCGUUCCCGACGACUCUGCGGGGGCCAGCCCACGCAUGGUACAGCAGCCUGAAGCCCGGGACCGUCGCCUCCUUCGAUCAGCUCGCCAAGGAUUUCGAGCUUAACUUCUUGGCCUAUGUCCGACCGAAGCCGUCCAUGGCGCUGCUCCUCGGACUCAACCAGAAGGAGGACGAGCCCCUCUCUCAUUUUGUGAACCGCUUUACGACGUUCUUCUGGUCGCUCGUGGAGCGGCCCCCCGCCGCGGUCCCCGAAAUGCUCCAGCGUGCCAGUCAAUUCGUCGCCGCGGAGACUUGGAUGGCUGGGAAGCGGGAGGAUCACAAAAAGGUCAAGUCAGAGCCGCCCCGACAGCCACAACCCCUCGCCUCCCGGCGGAGGACUAACAGACCAGAAUCAGGACCUCCUCCUCCCGCCUUGAAUUCGUCCCAAACCGAAAUUUUCCUGCACGAGAAGGGGAAGGGGCUGCUCAAGGACCCUCACCCGAUGAGGAACCCGCGGGAGCUCGUGGACUGUUCAAGGUAUUGCCGAUUCCAUCGACAGCACGGGCACGACACUGAACAGUGCUACGAGUUGAAGAGGCAAAUCGAGGAGCUUAUCCUCAGAGGACACCUCGGCCAGUAUCUCCGGCCGAACAAGGAGCGGUCACCCCGACCGGAGGGCCCCAUCGAGUGA